AUGCGGGCAAUCUGUGUAUUGUGCAUCGUCAAAAUGGCAAUUCUUCUCAUCCUUCUCAGCUCUGCACUUUUCGGCGCUCUAAUGGCGUGCCCACCACCACCACCACCACCACCGAUUACUACUCCUAGAGUGCGACCUCCCACUAGAGCAACACAGUCUCCUAAUGCUACUAAUUCCACUGGAACUGGAAGAAAAAAACGUGAAGUUGAACGUAUUGAAAUAACCGCGGUCAGCAAUCGAAAGUACGAUCCAUCGAUGAAUGACUCACAUAUGCAAGCCUUCAAGAGCCUGGUAAGUCCGCUUGGAACUACGCCUCCGAAGUGAAG